AUUUAUUAUCUAGGCGUCAAAAGUAUAUUAUCCUAAAAAGUGUAGUAUCAUUAACCUGCUUAUAUUGAUUUAUAGUCACAUGUUUUCUGAUCGAAGAUGGGUUUAAAUUUAUUUGGGAUUUUAGUGUAUUUUUCUGCUUUUGUUGCACUGUCAUUAGCGAAAAAUGGGGUAAAUUAUACAGAGAUCCUUGAUACUAUCGAACGUGGAUACAAGGAAUACCACCUCACCAACACCAGACCGGCCUACCUCACCCCCGCCCUCUCCCACCUCCAAAUUCCCUAUUUUUUUCGGGAAAAUCUACAAGUCGGCAACACCGCCCUUAAGGAACUAAACAGUCUGGAAAACGGAGUUGUAUGCAGACUGUGCAACACCGUUGCCAAAUUUCUGGUGGCCGAGAGGAAAAAGGGGAUGACCGAGGAACAAAUCAGGGAUGAGGUGGUGAAAUUGUGCGUCACGUUGAAAAUUGAGGACGAGAGGGUGUGCGAGGGUGCCAUCGAUCUGAAUUCGGCGGUGAUUUUAUAUAUUAUGGAUAAUAAUCCGAGCCUACAGCCAGGAAAGAUUUGUGAUAUUAUGUUGCAAAACUUCAAUUGUAACUACAGCAAUAUUGAUUGGGCCAUCGAUGUUCCUGAGGGACUAUCUCCGGAGAGACCAAAGCCAGAUGGUUCUUCAUCAACUUAUAAAAUCCUCCACGUAACUGACGUGCACAUGGACAUACUGUACACUCCGAACAAAGUGAAGACAUGCUCCGAACCGCUUUGCUGUCAAUCCGACCAAUCCGACGGCUCAGAUGGAAAUUCCUGCGGUUAUUGGGCCGAAUAUGGCAACGACGUAUCUGAGCAACUUAUCGACGAGAUGAUCCGGUUUGCUAACACCUUGGAUAUAGAUUUUGUCUAUUUCACUGGGGAUAUCAUAAGUCAUAGAGUAUGGUCCACCAAUGAGGCAAACAAUACUUAUACCAUCAAAAAACUGCUUGGGAAGUUGAAAAAUGGGUUUAAUGUGCCUGUUUAUCCGACUUUGGGAAACCAUGAGCCAAGUCCCUUGAAUCAAUUUGUCCUUAACAGUUCAGUUCCAUCUGAACUGUCCACCGAAUGGCUGUACAACCUCAUAGAAACAGAAUGGGCCGAAUGGUUACCCCAAUCCACACUGGACACCAUAGCAAUGGGUGGGUUUUACACGAUUUCUCCUGCAAAUGGUUUUAGGCUUAUCGUGCUCAACUCUAAUGUCGCCUACAAGGCUUGUUGGUGGUUACUGCAGGACGACCAGGAUCCAAACGGUCAACUGGACUGGUUGGUUAGUAUUCUGUCGCAAGCAGAGGCCAAAAAUGAGAGUGUUCACAUUUUGGGUCAUUUGCCCACUGGAUCUGUGGAUAUCAUGAAGGUGUGGGGCAGGGAGUACAAUAAAAUUGUUAAUAGAUUCGCCAACACCAUAACGGGUCAAUUCAACGGCCACGUCCACGUAGACACCUUCCAAGUCUACUACAAUACAUCAGAAGAGGCAGAAGAGCACCAAGCGAUCAACGUGGCAUGGAACGGAGCCUCCUUGGUACCGUACGACUGGGCGAAUCCCAGCUUCAAAGUCUACCACAUCGACAAGAGUACUUAUAAUGUGGUAGAUAUAGACCAAUGGACCUUCAACUUAACCAAAGCCAACGAGAACGCAGACGAGUAUCCAGAGUGGUAUAAAAUUUAUUCUUUCAGGGAUGUUUUUGAUAUAACUACUUUGGAGCCAAAAGAUGUUGGGGGGCUUUUGGUUGAUAUGGCCACCAAUCACAGUAGAUUGGAAGACUAUCAUUUGUUAAGAUACAAAAAUUCAGAAUAUGCACAUACGUAUGGAUGUAAUAGUAAAUGCCAAAAGAAGUACUUGUGUGAACUUUCAACUGCUGUCUAUGGUGAUGAGACUCACUGUGAUUACUUGUCUAAAUUAUAUGACGAUAAUGCAUAAGUAUACACUCCUGACAGGAUUAUUUCUUGAGUGCCCUAACCACUAAGUUAAAAAAGAGAACGAAUUUCGUUUUUUUUUUUCAGAAACAUGUUCGUUCUGUUUUUAACUUGUGACUUAAACUGGUUAUUCCAUGUUAAUACAUUGAGUUGCGUACUCGAGGCCUGAGUUGGCGGAGCCUGUAUAUGUGUAAAUGGUAAUUUUAUAUAAUAAACAUUGUUGUAUAUA